CUGUAACCUGAGAAUGGAGGAGUGUGAUGGUGUCCUGCUCUUAAUGCGCAGUUCAGAGCAGGACUGAGGCGAAUGAGCACAGCAGAUCAGAUUUCACAAACUUUUGCGGUAUUAAAACAUUCUUGCGGGGAUUUGAGAGGCUUUAAAUCUUCACACGCGCUUUCACUGGGAAAUAAACACACAUAUAAAGUCUCGCACUGUAGCGCAGCGGUCAGCAGUGAGUAAUAUCUCUGACAAUGGCUUCAUACACGUUACCGGAGGGAUUCGGUGACUUCGACAUGUUCGCUUUCGGCUCCGCGCUGCUGGUGGGCGGUCUUCUCGGUUUCUUUCUUAACUUUAUCUCGGUGAUGGCGUUCCUCAGAAUCCGGGAGAUGCAGACGCCCAAUAACUUCUUCAUCUUUAACCUGGCUGUGGCUGAUCUGAGCCUCAACAUUAACGGUUUAGUGGCUGCUUUCGCUAGUUACCUGAGAUACUGGCCGUUUGGGUCGGAGGGCUGUCAGAUGCACGCUUUUCAGGGAAUGGUGUCGAUCCUCGCCGGCAUCAGUUUUCUGGCUGCCAUUGCUUGGGACAGAUAUCAUCAGUACUGUACUAAGCAGAAGAUGUUCUGGAGCACGUCUGUGACCAUCAGCACCAUCAUCUGGAUCCUGGCUGUGUUCUGGGCCGCUCUGCCGCUGCCGGCCAUUGGAUGGGGCGUCUUUGACUUUGAGCCGAUGAAAACAUGCUGUACGCUCGACUACACGCAAGGAGACCGGAGUUACAUCACCUACAUGCUGUCCAUCACUGUACUGUAUUUAGCAUUCCCUGGUUUCAUUUUGCAGUCCUCCUACAAUGCCAUCUAUGCAUAUUUCAAAAAGACGCACCACUUUAAGUUUAACACAGGUUUACCUCUGAAAGCGCUGCUGUUCUGCUGGGGUCCGUAUGUUCUGAUGUGCACAUACGCCUGCUUCGAGAACGUUAACCUCGUUUCACCAAAGCUCAGAAUGAUCCUCCCGGUGCUGGCGAAGACGUCUCCGAUCUUCCACGCCGUCCUGUACGCGUUCGGUAACGAGUUCUACCGCGGAGGAGUCUGGCAGUUCCUCACCGGGCAGAAGUCUGGAGACAAAAAGAAAUAGUGAAAGAGCUUUAGCCAUGUAACGUUGUAUUCAGACGAGUCUGCAAGAGUUUACACGUGAUGUGACUGUAAUUCACUGUAUAUGUCAAAUCAGUGCCUAACACAUUUGGAGAUAUUUGUCCAGAGUUUCAUUUAAUGAUUCAUUGAAGACUGAUAUAUGAAGCCUUAUUUCAGUUUCCUGGAGUGUGAGAGAUGACUUACACAUUUCAUUCAGGACACAAUCAUUUCACCAUUUCAUUGUUCUUGCCUUACAAUCGCUGUUGACCAAUGCAUCAGAAUCCAGUAUUCAUGUGUAAAUCUAUGAAGUAAGAGGAUUUUUCUAACCAAAACUUGAAACCAGUGUAUGAACCGUUAAUAACAAAAGGGCCUUUCAUUGUUAAUCCACAGAAUAAACCGUGAGGCACAAGACAGUCCUUUCAUGAGUUCUUUAGGGGCUCAGAAGGGGACUGAUGAAGGUGAAUGAACUCCACUAGAAUCUCUGAUCAAGGAUUGGCUUGCAGAUGGUCAUCUUCACUGGUUUAGCUGGUUUCCUUCACAAACCAUCAUCUGACUCAGUAAAUGCCCUGAUUCCUCUGUGUGUGUUAGUUAGGAGUCCGAAUGCACAUUUAUGCAGAUGCUUUUAUUCAAAUCCACGUUCACUUAUUACAGGUUCGGUCUGUUGCUCAAGGAACACAGUUCACAGAUCUUCUCCGUCUCCAGCUCAGAUCUUGAAGCGGAGGCUAAUUAACAUUCACGUUUAGGAUUAGAAAUUCUCCAGGGUUUUGUAAUCUGCAGUAAUUCCUCUGCACAAGGAGCUGCUCUUAUAUCAGUAGAUGUGGGUUUCUGACGUGUGUUGAAGACCAAAGAGGAUCAGGAGAGCUUUACUGCAGCCGGUCAAGGGGCGACUCUCAGACCCAGCGACCCGUAGCCGUCGAGAGCAUGAGGACCGAACUCUGAAAUUACUCUGUUCCUCAUAAACACAGCAGAGCAGAGCUGAAGAGGAAAGUCUGUGCGUUCUGUCAUUCAUCCAUCCAUGUCAGACUCUGUUCCAUGUUGUGUGUGUUUCUUGC